CACACCAAAUAAAUAUGGCUUAAAUUUACUAAAAGAUAACAAAUAGAAAUGUAUAAUUGAUGGAGUAAUAAUUCAACAUUUUUAGUAGUAACGAUUCAAUUCGGUAUUUUGAGUUAAGAACUCGUCCCAUAUCGUUAUCAAAACAGUUUGGUUCGUUUCGAGAAACAUAAAUGAUGAUGAUGGGUUCACUCGUCUCCUCAUUGUUUUCUCACUACUAUCUAAUCCUCUUCACCUCUUUUCCUCUCUUGGUUUCCGCCUUCUUCUUCGUCGUCUUCCGCUCGAGGCAUUCCAAGUUCAAAACCAACUUGCCUCCCGGGCCCCCGGGCUGGCCGCUGGUGGGCAACCUGUUCCAAGUUGCCCAGUCUGGGAAGACGUUUUUGCAGUACGUGAGAGAUCUGGAGCCGAAAUACGGCCCCAUUUUCACUCUCAGGAUGGGGACGCGGACAAUGGUCAUCGUAACGCGCGCCGAUUUGGCCCACGAGGCUCUCGUCGAGAAGGGCCAGGUUUUCGCUAGCCGGCCCAUGGAAACCCCGACCCGGACUAUCUUUAGUAGCAAUAAGUUUUCGGUCAAUGCGUCUGUUUACGGGCCGGUCUGGCGUUCCCUUAGGAAAAAUAUGGUUCAAAACAUGCUCAGCACGAGCCGGAUGAAGGAGUUCCGGGGCACCAGAGUCGCCGCGAUGGACAGGCUGGUCGAGAGGAUCGGAACCGAGGCCGAAGCCGAGGGCGGGGCCGUUUGGGUGUUGGCCAAUGCCCGGUUCACCAUUUUUUGCAUCUUGCUUGCAAUGUGUUUCGGUGUUGAGAUGGACGAGAAGAAAAUCGACGAAGUCGAUCGGACGAUGAAGGCCGUCCUCAUUGUUCUCGCUCCGAGGAUUGACGAUUUCCUCCCCAUUUUAAGCCCCUUUUUCUCUGAACAGAGGAAAAGGGUGCUUGAAGUGAGGAAGAAGCAAGUUGAAACAAUCGUCCCGUUGAUCGAGAAGCGCCGCCGGGCACUAGAAAACUCCGACGAGACGGCAACGACGUUUUCCUACCUUGACACUCUCUUCGACCUCCACGUGAACGGCAAGAGCUCCGCACCGACAAAUGCAGAGCUCGUGACCCUGGUUUCUGAGUUCCUCAACGGUGGCACCGACACGACCGCAACCGCGGUCGAGUGGGCCCUGGCGAGGCUAAUCGAGAAUCCCGACAUGCAAUCGAAGCUGUACUCGGAAAUCAAGGGCGUGGUCGGGGACAAAAAGGUCGACGAGAAGGACCUAGACAAAAUGCCCUACCUAAGCGCGGUCGUAAAAGAGGUUCUACGAAAACACCCUCCCACUUUCUUUGCCCUGACCCACGCGGUCACGGAGCCAACUAAACUGGGAGGGUACGACAUACCGGUAGACUGCAACGUCGAGUUCUUUCUACCGGCCAUAUCCGAGGAUCCGAAGAUAUGGACCGACCCCGAGACGUUCAACCCGGAGCGGUUCAUCUCGGGCGGGGAGGACGCCGAUAUCACGGGGGUGACCGGAGUGAAGAUGAUGCCGUUUGGGGCGGGAAGAAGGAUCUGCCCGGGGUUGGGAAUGGCGACGGUGCACGUGAACUUGAUGCUGGCGAGAAUGGUACAAGAGUUCGAGUGGUCCGUUUACCCGGAAAACACCAAAGUGGAUCUCAAAGAUAAGUUUGAGUUCACGGUGGUCAUGAAGAACCCGCUCAGAGCCAAGGUCAAGCCUAGAGAAGUCAAGCCAUGCUGAAUCAUAUUUUGAGUGACAAUAUAAUUAGGCUAAUUAUGACCAGCUAAGUUUGCCAAACAUUUUUUUCGUAACAUCCAAUUCAAUCAGCUAGUUAAAACAGCCAACUCAACCAGCUAUUCAAACCUGCCAACACAAACAGCCAACAACCAACUACUAUUUUCCAAACAAGGCCUUUAUGUAUUGUCCAAUCAGUCUUCUUUUGCUGCAUAAAGUGGUGCGUGACUCCAUAAAGCAAAAGUAAUGAUAUUUUUUACAACCCAAGCAUUAAUUGCAUGGAUUUACAAAAUAUUUUGGAAACUGUGAACUGAUGGAUCUAUUUCAACUUUUCAAUAUAGCCUCAUUGAUUAGUGUGUCUUUUCCCAUCCAAAGCCGACCUAUCACCCCUAUGCUAUAGUACAAAGUUCAAUAUAUAAAGAGAUUGAAACAAAACAUUUUUAAAAUCCUUAACAAUUGCAAUGUAAACUUUGUAAGAAGACUUCUCCAACUUAAGGUUUGAAAGCUCUUCAUCUUCUACGCCUUAUUUACAAUUCUUCUUUUUUGUUGAUAACCUUUCAUUUCCCUUCUUUCUCUAACGACGUUUACUAUAUUGUAGUAUAUUCAUAGAUUAAAUUCAAAAAACUCAAGGACAAAUA